CGUGGGGGAGCUGCAGGGUGCAGCCUUCAAAUGGCCUUUUUUUCUCUUUUUCCCUCUGAUUUCUUCAUUCCCUGCAUUUCCCACAAAGCUGCAUUAGUUUUGUCAAAAUAAAGGGCCAAGGGAAGAUAAGGCCAUGCCAGAUCUCAUGUGUGAGCGCAUGGUGUCAAUAAUGGUGUGUACCACGUGGGCACUAACCUGUAACUCUGACCCCUUCCCGUCAAACUCCCAUCCUACUCUCAACACAGUGGAGCGACCCAAGAAGCAACCAGUCCCAUUCAAAGAGGUUGGAGGAAAGAUCAUUUCUUGUUGCUUCAACAAAGAGUUGCACUGGGUUGCAAACUGUGUUGGAAGAUACCUUCUAACUUUCAAACGUCGUCACACUCUGACCUGACUUAGCACUUCUUCAAGUUGAAGUGUAAUUAUAAAAAGAUGUAAUGUGUGAAACAAAGUGAGUGACGAAACAUAAACAGGCUUUUGAGAGCAAAAGUAAGUUUUUUGAUAUACAUUGGCCAGUUACUUUAUUAGCCAGAUUUAUUUUUGUUUCUUUAAGAGUUUUUUAUUUUUAUUUUUAUUAUUAUUAUUAUUAUUUUUGUGACCUGGGUUAACUUGCGCUCUCCAAAUAUCUCAAAUUUAACUAAAUUAGUUGAAAAAACAACAAAGGAAGGAAGGAGGCAAGAAAGGAAGGAUGAAAAAAUAACUUGUGGUAGGGCUGCUAUAAUUUUUCAAAGAUAUUAUUAAAUGCAUGAUCGGAGGUCACUGAAAGUCAGUCAGGACACAUUAUCCAGAUCAAACAAAAGUAGUGUCAAUGUUUUGUCCACUGUUUGUUUUGGUUUGGACAAAAAAAUAUUGUUUGGCACUAUCAUUUUAUAGACUCUAAAGUAUAACUAGCAGGUCUGUUUUUUCACUUCAUAUCCAUGAUAUUCUUAUAUUCCACCACCAACCCAAAGGUUCACCAAAUGUAUUACUGAAAAAAAACAAAAAACAAAUACAAUCUUAGAAGUCUCAUUUGUUUUCCCAGUAGGAAAUGCAAAACAAAACAUAUUUUCCAAUGAUAUAGGCUGUAUUCUGUUGCAGGUUUUAGUUUAUUUAAACUAAUGUAUGGUAAUAAUAUCUCACAUAUAGUUGAUUUAUUUCAGAAGAUUUUAAAUUGUACCCUAUUUCCAUGGAUAAAGGUUUUUAUCCUCAUCUGAGUCAGAUGACUCUUCUGAAAUAUGACUGAUUAUGUUCUAACCUCCCUAUCAAACCAAGUGAACAGAAAGUGGUAGAGGUGCUUUCAAUCAAUAUAUUUUACCUGUAUUUUUCAUUUUCUAAGAUUUUGUGAAGAACCUUUAUUUACCAUAACUUGAGAGGAAAGCAGACAGACAGAGAAAAGGGAAAACAUUCAGCAAACAUUCAAAAUCUGCACAACUGUGCUGAGGAGUAAUUGCCUCUAAAUGUUUCAUGGUGUCUACCAUUUUAGCACAAGCUGUGUCCUCAAUUAGAUUGUUUUUAAUCUAACCAAAUAAAGUUUAAAAUCCAGUAAAUUCCAAAUGAUCAUUCCAAGAACAGGAAACCCUGCAAGGCUUAUGGCUUCUUAAACUAAGUUUAGGCAAAAAUAGAGGCGAUUGUAUUUUCAGUCAAAUCAUCCAUCCAGUAACAGAUUUCUGAUUGUCUUUUGUAAACAAAUAACUCCAACAGGUUUGCUCAUUGGCUUAGUUCUCUCAAGCACAUAUAUAUUUAAAUAGGCUCCAUUAAGUGGGUUUUCUUUGUCAAUGUGAUUUCAUAGUAAAACAAAACAAAACAAAAAAUAUAUAUAUCUAUAUAUAAAUUAGUUGUUUUUUACACUGUAAUAAAAUGGAUGCUGAAUGUGCAGAGAACAACAAGGACAAAGUGUCUGCAUUGUCCAUUAUGUUAUGACUGCGCUGAAAGAUGGAUGCUUUUAUCCCAGGCUCAUUAGUCUCCCAGCAGCUUCACUGUUUUAGCCUUGAUGGCUGUGGCUAAUGUUCAUUCAUAGGGCGAGGCAAACAAAAUAGGUGUAUUGAAAUAUAUGGUAAUAAUUCAAAGAUUUCAAAUGUAAUACAUGAGUCAUGUGGCUAUUUUUUCUGCUGUCCACUUCCUGUGUACGUCAAAUACAAGGAAGCGAUGCAUUAUGAGAUGUGAGGAUGUCGCCAUCUGCUGCUCGAGUAAGGGAAAUGCUUUCAUUGGCGUUUAUUUUUUUGUCUCCUGAAAACAUAAUUUAUUGAUAAAAUGUAAAUGUUUGAGCUAUCAUAAUGUUUUUGUCAGAUAAAUGUUGCAAAUCUGCGGGGGAUAGCUUUUCAUCCAUUCAGGGUACCAGCAGGACAUUGAUGUAAUAUAAGAAGCAUGAGAAUACUCUACACAUCGUCUAACUGUAGGGUUCCUGCAGGCUUAUUUAUAUGGAUGAGUCAUGUUAUUUUAAAAGCUCAAGCAGAUGCUCCAGUUAAUGGACUCUUUAAGUGAGGAGCUUGUUAACAAAAAGUUGCAUCCUUGUCUCCAGUAAUAUAGCUGUAAUUUCAUGGAAUGAAAGAAAAUGAUUUCCCUCCCAAUGGGCUCAUCUUUUUUACAUUGAAGCUCUGAUUGUUGUGGUGCAUUAACGCUUUUGCUCUUAUCAUUGCUCUCAAAACUCACUGCCACCCCUGUCUCCACUCAAAAACUUCACCCACAUCACCCAUCUGAACUUCAUCCCCUCACCCACCCAGACUCAGACAGCCUCUACAGUUCCACCCGCCUCAGCCUGUCAGACGGGUCAGAGGACCAGCUGGAUCGCCUCCAGCAAGUGGAGCUGGCCAGGAUGACGCCCAUGUCUCAGUGGAGGGCUGGCACCGUUCAGGCCUGGCUGGAGGUUGUCAUGGCAAUGCCUAUGUACAUUCGCACCUGCUCGGAAAAUGUCAAGAGCGGAAAGGUCUUACUGGGACUAACGGAUGAAGACCUGGAGCUGGGUUUGGGCGUCAACAGUUUGAUGCACCGCCGGAAACUUCGCCUUGCCAUAGAGGAUUACAGAGAGGCUGAGAGUGGCAAAGAGCUGUCAAAGGCCGCAGAGUUGGACCACCACUGGGUGGCCAAGGCCUGGUUAAGUGACGUGGGAUUGCCUCAGUACUCCCAGGCUUUUCACACUCAUCUGGUGGACGGGCGGAUGCUGAACUCCCUGACCCGCCGAGACUUAGAGCGUCACCUCAACAUCACCAAGAAGUUCCAUCAGGUCAGCCUGUUGCUGGGCAUCGAACUGCUGCAGUCGCUCGACUUCAACAAAGAGGUGCUGCAGGCUCGUCGGACACAGUGUGAGCACCAGAAUGAGGAUCCGCUGGUAUGGACGUCUCAUCGCGUCAUGAAAUGGAUCAAAGAUAUUGACCUCAAGGAAUACGCUGACAGCCUCCUCAGUAGUGGAGUUCAUGGAGCUGUUAUGAUGCUUGACCCGUCUUUCAACACCGACUCAAUGGCUACAGCACUGGGAAUUCCCAGCAACAAACACAUGGUCCGGCGGCAUCUUGAUGAGGAGAUGAUGGCACUGAUUGGCUCAGCCAGAGCAAAUACACAGCAAAGUUAUGAUCUUUCAGGUGCAGUAACACCACCUACGCUCCUGCGGCAGAACUCUCUGACCAGACCACCGAGCUCUAACACCCGACACACGGCUGAUGAGGGUUCUUUAAGAAGGAGGGCUGUGAAGCCUCCAAUAGGGCUCAGCCCCAAAAAGCGGGGUGGGCGGGACCUGAGUUGCCACAGCAGUUUUGGCUCCUUGCCACGGGAAGUUCGAGAUCACACUCCCUCCAGAUCUGAAGGAAGCCCAAUCCGAGGAUACUCAAGCAUCGAGAUCACAAACGUGUGAUGGCAAUAGAGCCGACCGAAAAUGCAGUGAAUACUCUGCUGCAUAUAAAGGACAGAUUGCACUUUGAAUAAAAGAGUAUGUUUUUUUUUGUUAGUUUUUUUUUUUUUUCUUGAUUUAAGUAAAUUGUGCACAAGCAGCUAUUUGCUUGUUUGGACAGUCAUUUCUUUUUGCUCUAAUGUCAGAGAACUGACAGACUUAUUUUUCUAUUUUGUGUAUUAAUGUUUCUUGGUGGUGUAUGUUGACGAACACUGACAGUAAAACUGAUUAUUCUACCCAAAGAAUUGACUCUUUCUAUUGUACAGACUACUUAAAGAUUAAAAAUAGAAAAAGAUUAAAGUGUUAAAUGUUCUUGUUUCUUUCUGGUCUAUCCAUUGUGACACAUUCUUAAUGUGGUGGACAGUUGAGACAGAUCUAAAUAAAAUUUGUAAGUUUUUAUGAAUAUUUUUUUUUUUUAUGUACAAUUACACCAUUAUGUCUGAAGAAAUGUAGCACCUCCUUUGGAGAACAAUCACAUGCAGUAAAUAUUACAAUGUCAACAAAAGAUGUGUGCUGUAAUAAAAUGAAAUGAGAGUUUUGAAAAUGAAAGGACAAAAAAUGCUUGUGAUAAAAUAAAGAUCAUAAUUCAAAUGCAUCUGGACCAGUGAAAGUAAUUUUUCAAAUAAUACAAAAAAAAAAAAAAGCCGAUGUUUCUCAAGAUACAAUGAGAUGAAACUACAUUUCCCAUUCAUUGUUAUGGAUUAAGUAAUAUUGUCCUUCAGAUGAAGGAAGAUUAAACAGAAUGGGACCAUCAUCUGUUAUUGUUUGACAACCAAGAAACAGGAGGAGUUAAAGAAAUCAAAUCUUUAAGUUUUGAGUUAAAGAAAUCAAAACUUUUGUUUUAGCUAAAGCUUUUAAAUCUGUUGUCAAUUAAUAAUUGAGACCUUCAACACUUCUACACUAUUUAUCUAGUUUUUGAUCUGGUGUUACAUCUUUGAAGAUCUUUCACAAUGUUGUUUGUUCACAUUCACAUUGUUCACAACAAUGUAAAAGAUAAAGAAAGUAUCUUAUAGAUGUAUCUUAAAGAGAGUAUCUUAUAGAUGAGUUCCAGAGCCCUCUACUGCUAUUUACAGACCCCAGUAUAUGAAAUGAGAUUAUAUUAUUUCCACAAGUGUUAACAUCUUAGAGGGUGUCACUCAAUUGCCAAUUCUUGGAUCACUGUUUUUUAUAAUCCAUAUUAAUAAUGUGACUCAAAUUUUCUCCAACAAUUUUUUUUAAUCUGUAUGUUAUCCAUAAAUUUGUUUUUCUGGUAGCACACAAGAAGUGGUCCUCUCCAAACUCAAAAAGCCUUCAGUACUGUGCAAAAUUGACUUGGUAACUUAUAAUCUGGUUUGAAUCCAGUCACAUUCAAUUUUUAAACUCAAGAUCAAAGCUAAUAGUUGCAUACCUAUAAUAAUCUUGCUCGAUUGGGGUUUUCUCUUAGGCUAAAUAUCUUUGUAUUCUAAUUGACAAAAGACUCAUAUUCAGACCAAACACUGGCCUUUAUUUUGCAAUAAAUGUUGUUUCUGCAACCUUUCACCCAUUUUGUUUUAUGGGGAAGUUGUAUGCAUGCCUACACAUUUCCUUUAAGAGACUGUUUUAAAAUCUCAAAGUGCCACUGUUUUGAUAUGAGAGGGUAUAUCACUCUCCUCUGUCCACCAGAAGACUAAGUUAUAUCAACCAAAACACUCCUUAUGCUCACAGAACAUUUAUCCUUUCAAAAUCCCAUUGACCUGGGUUGAAUUGAGGGAGUGGUCUCAUCAACAUGCAGCUCUAUUUGCCUGGAAUCAGAAUGUCUUCAAUUUCCAAGAGCUGGUCUCUCAGAACACUUUUUAGUUUCUAAAGAGCCUCGAAAGUAAUACAUUUUGAUGCAGAUGCUUCUAAAACCUGAUUGUACUCUUUGUUGUAUACUUUAAUGUUUAAAUUUUUGUGUAUGAAACUGUCCCUGUGUUGCUGUUUGGCCAUGCAUCUCUUGUAAUAUCAUUGAGUUUUAAUCUCAAUGAGAUUAAUGUUUUCUGGUGAAAUAAAGGUGAUCUGAAAAAUCA